AUGCAUCGGUCGUGGUUCUCGUACUCGAUCUCCAAGCCAUAUCCUUUUCGAUGGUUCACACCUGUCGCCUUAGUUGGCGGCAUUGUUCUCACUGUCUUACUUUCACUCAUCAAUCUGAGCGCAAACGGCUACUUAUUGAAGCCACUGUAUACAUCUGACCCCAAUGGCACCGAAGCCUCUUCAAACGCAAAAAAGACUCCGUUCAAUUGGAGGAGCGACGUACAGGCAGAGUGCCAGCCACGUCUGCUCACAAUCGGCGAUUCCUUUUUCACCACCAAUCUGGGUUUUAGAUACAUUAUCAAAGCCAUUACAGAACCAACAAAAGGUUCACUAUCCACCUUGAAUUACAAGAAUAACACUCUCCAAGGAUGCUCGCCCAACAGAAUUGUCUUGAAGAUGAAGAAGAGUGACACUGCGGUGCCACCAUCUCCUGCUUGGUGGUAUUCCUGGAGAGAUUCUACAAUGCAAGCGACUGUGGACUGCGCAGUUGUGACAGAUAACGGCCUGGUGACCAUAACUCUCGUUACCGAGGAUGUUACUGGUGAAGGGCCCCAUGACUAUAGCUAUGUCAUAGAAGACAACGAGAAGAAGGUUGCAAGCAUUUGGUGGGGGACCAGACUUCUCAACGCAUACUGGAGCGGCGUGAUGACCGCCGCCGCCACAAACAUGACGAAUAUAUUCGGCUCCGAGACCUAUGCCAUUAGUGGCAAUUUCUCCUACACUCCCAAAGCAAGAGAACAAGAGUAG